AUGAGUGUCCCGGAUCUUCUACUAGACCCGCAGUUGAAAUACUGGGUCUUGUUGCCUAUAACAUUGGCCAUGGUGCUCGUGGGUCUCCUAAGAUCAAACAUCACCUAUUUACUUCAACCACAGCCAAAAGCAGAUGGUUUCAAGAAAUUGAGAGAAUCGUAUGUAACUGCCCCAGAGGCUCAUCCGUCGGAGAUUUCCCUUUUACUAACCGAAUCCCACCUCCUUCCCCCCUCCUCAAUACAGUCAAUUUUUAUUCCAAGUGCGAAGUUUUCGAGAAAACAACCAUAUCCUAAACGAAUCGGAUUUCAACACCUUGAAGACAUACUACACCGCUACAUUGCAGACAGAUGAAUUCCACGCGUCCACCGCCAAGGAAGAAGACGCGCAGAUGAACCCGCUCGACCCGUCGAACAACGAAGCCAUCAUGCAAAUGGCCAAGGGCAACUUGAUGAACUACAUCCCGCAAACGUUGAUCAUGGGAUGGGUCAAUUACUUUUUCGCAGGCUUUGUCGUGAUGAAGUUGCCGUUCCCCUUAACCGACGGGUUCAAAAGCAUGCUACAGUCGGGCAUCCAGACCCCCGACUUGAAUGUGCGCUAUGUUUCCUCCAUCUCUUGGUAUUUUGUCAACUUGUUUGGGUUGCGGCCGGUUUACUCGCUCUUGAUGGGUUCCAACGCAGCUGAUGCGUUGAUGCAGCAGCAGCAGCAACAACAAGGCCAGCAGCAGAUGCAGAUGCCUCAAAUUGGCGGGCCCGGUGGACCCAAAGCCGACAAGGUGUUCAAAGCUGAAGCUGAAAACGUGCAGAUUUUGAAGCAUGAAUCUGUCUUUGAGGGGAUAUUUGACCGAUUUGUAGCUCAACAUGGAACCAAGCAGAUCUAG